AAAUGGGAUCUCUUGUUGUGUCAAAAUCAAGGACUUGCAUAAAGCAUCUCUGCACAUCAUGGGUUGUCAACCCCUUGUAUUUCAGGCCUACUUUGGCUUAUUUACCACAACAAAGCAUUAUGCAUACUGUCAGGUUUAUCAUAAAUCCACACACACAAUAUUACAGCACAAAAGGAGACAAACAAGCACACGACCGAGUUGCCAAAGAAAAAGGGUUCACUCCCAGAACGAGGCCUGCAUUCCCCAAUUCAGUAUUUACUGCUGGAACGGCCAAAAGAACUGCUGAAUAUAUGAAAAAGAGAGCUGGGGUGGAUACAGAAGAGCUGUCAAAUAAUACACCCGCGAGAGGAAGAGGAUCUGUAAAAGUUGCCCUUCCUGACCAUCCGCUGACCACAUCCGAAUGGGCAAAGGUCAAAGAGAGUUCCUCCAAACCUGAACGCUUCGAAAUGCAAAUGAUGGAAGGACUGCUGGCAACUAAUGCAGACAUCAACAUCGCCAAAUCUCUCUUGGCCUACGUGGUUCAAGACAAAGGCACAGUUUCCUAUGAACUCCUUUUGAGAUACCUCACACUGUGUGUCACAGGUGGCCACCACUCGGAGGUGUUUGACACUUACGACAUCAUGAAAACUUGCUUUAAGACUCUUGACACUGGAGCUUCGUCCCUGUUUAUUAAAGGUUUCAGUCAAACUGAACGCUGGAGGGAGGCGCUUAUGGUGUUGGAGGGGAUGAAAAAGGCCCUCCUGCCGUCUCCUCGUAACUAUAGUGACACCAUCGCUGGGGCGGCACUUCACGGUGACACUGAGACGAGCUGGAUGCUGUACGAUGAGCUCCUGGAACUGGGUCUCGUACCUAAUCAGGACACCUGGCAGUGCCUGUUUCAGAGCGGCAUCACUCAGCGAGGACAAGAGGACAAACUCUUUUCUGUCCUGUCACAUAUGAGAGAUAAUCAGAUCUACCCAGAGGAGCCGCUGAUUCAAACGAUCAAAGCUUGGUUUGAGAGUUUACCGGAUCAGAAAUGGAGUGGGAAGUUCUCAUACGUGGCCCCCAGUGGAGAGUGCAAAAAUUGCAAGACAUCACUUGAAUCCAUUCAAUUGACUGAGGAAGAGUAUGCUGCGCUGAAGGACAAAGUGAUGAAGAAAGUGAUAGAAGGAAGUGACGUCUUCAAGAAAACCACCCCAGAGGAGCUUCAAAGCUUUAAGAGUUUUGUGAAGCAGAGACCUCCCUUUGAUAUUGUCAUUGACGGUCUUAAUGUGGCUAACACAACACCCAAGGCCACCCACUCUGAGACGUUGCUUGCAGUCGUAUCGGAGCUGGAACAGCAGGGUCUGAACAUCCUGGUCCUUGGCAGGAAGCACAUGCUACAACCUUCCCGGAACUGGGACAGACAAAACAUGAACAAGAUCAAGCAGAAAGCCCACUGCUUCUUCACCGAGAACAUAUCUGAGGAUGACCCGUUUCUGCUGUAUGCUGCUUUGCACUCUGGCGUUCACUGCAACUUUCUUAGUCGUGAUCUGAUGAGAGAUCACAAAGCCUGCUUGUCAGACAGCGCAACCAGACGCCUCUUCUUCAAGUGGCAACGUGGCCAUCAGUUGGUGAUCAGUCAUUAUGUCCCGGGAAAAAGAGUUCGAUUUCAGAGGAUCUUGGCUUAUGACACCAUCGUUCAGACGUCUGGCGGCUCCUGGCACAUUCCUUAUGAUGAGAAUAGAGGAGAUAGAGCCACAUAUGAAGUUCCUCAGAAAUGGCUCUGCCUCACUCAAGAACAUUGAGGCUGGAGUUACUACUAGUGUGCUCGCUGAAAAAUAUCAAAUAAAUAAUGCUUUGCAAAAUGUCCAAUUGUGUUUCCUCUACCGCUUAUAUAUAUAUAUAAGGCUUAUGACACAAUAUAUAUAAUUUAAUUUUAAUUCAAUUUCUUCUUAUAUUCAUAUUAAUAAGACUUUUCUUCUGUAAAACCUCCUAUAUAAAUUCUGACCCUGGAGUACUGCUUUUGAUAUAUUUACUACUGUAAAUAUAUCAAAACUUCAUUUUUGAUUAGUAAUAUGCAUUGCUAAGAACUUCAUUUGGACAACUUUAAAGGCGAUUUUCUCAAUAUUUUGAUUUUUUUGCACCCUCAGAUUCCAGAUUUUCAAAUAGUUGUAUCUCGGCCAAAUAUUGUCCUAACGUAACAAACUAUACAUCAAUGGAAGGCUUAUUUAUUCAGCUUUCAGAUUAUGUAUAAAUCCCAAUUUCGAAAAAAUUGACACUUAAGACUGGUUUUGUGGUCCAGGGUCACAAUUGUCCAUUUCUGUUUCUUUUACUGCACUUCUACAUUUAUAUUAUUUUAUAACAGGUACAGUUGUAGGUAAUGUAAUGUUGACUGCUCCUUGUAUAAAAUCAUCCUCAGAGGCCCAUAUUUUU